AUGCCUUUCUCUACUGGGGAUGGAGGGUUGUUCCAGCUCAACCAGGAGAGCUUCGACUUCAAUGUCCAGUUCGAGCAACUGUUUUUUUCAAUCAUUCCGUCUGUGUUGUUCAUCGCCACCUCACUGUGGCGGACGGUCUCCCAGGCACGGAAGCCCACCGUCGUGGACGCCCCAGUCUUCCAGCUGGUCAAAUUGUGCACGAUUACAACUUACGUCGGCCUCGAACUUUCCCUCCUCAUCUUGGUUGCGGUCGAGUCCUUCCAUGUCACAAGCAUUUUCAUAGCCUCAUCAGUCCUCAAGCUUGUCUCCGCCUUGUUCAUGAUAACUCUCAGCGUUGUUGACCACAGCAAAAGCCCAAGACCGUCCGUGCUGUUGGGCAGCUACUUGUUCCUGACACUCCUCCUCGACGCUGCCCAGGCAAGGACUCUCUUCCUGUCAUCAGACCAGAAGCCAGAGGUGACCUACAGCAGCAUCUUUUGCGCUGCAAUGGCUCUCAAGGCAGGGAUUUUGCUGCUGGAGGCCCAGCGAAAGUCUCGGUGGGUGAGGUGGGAUGGGAAGGAACACAGCCCGGAGGAGACGAGCGGCAUAUUCUCUCUUGGAAUUUUCUCAUGGCUCAACAAACUGUUCCUCGAGGGCUACAGAAAGAUUCUGACCAUCAAGGACCUUUACCCCCUUGACAGCACCUUGAACGGCAAGACUCUGCACGAUGAGUUCUCCAAGAAUAUAGAUUACUCUAAGCUAAAGGGUGACAAGUUUGGCCUGGCGAAGGUGCUGGUGCGCACGCUGAAAGUCCCUCUGCUGCUUCCAGUACCUCCUCGCCUGGCCCUGCUUGGCUUCACCUUCUGCCAGCCCUUUUUCAUUGAGAAGCUUCUUGAUCACCUUUCUCAGCCGCGUGUCGAGGCGAACGUUGGCUACGGUUUCAUAGGCGCCAGCAUACUGAUUUACUCCGGAAUCGCCAUCUCUAUGGCUCUGUACUUUCACCACCGUAUGCGUACUAUGGCGAGAUCGAUACUAGUCACCGAGAUCUUCAUCAAGGCCACACAAGCUCGAAUUGGGACUGCAGACGACAGCGCUGCACUCACGCUGAUGAGUACGGACAUGGAGCGAAUCAAGAUGGGAUUCAGGUCUCUGCACGACAUUUGGGCCAGCAUCAUCCAAGCCGGUCUUGCCGCAUGGAUGCUGUACAUCCGGCUCGGUGUUGUCUUCGUUGUGCCAAUGGGGGUCGUUGUGGUCUGCUUUGGCGGCCUGGCAGUCCUUGUGAACUUCACUGGCGACUCGCAAAAGGCCUGGAUGGCAAGCGUGCAGAAGCGUGUGGGCUUGACCGCCACCGUGAUCGCGAGCAUGAAGAACGUCAAGAUCUCGGGUCUCUCAGAUGCCGUCAGGGACUUCGUACAGAAGCUGCGCGUGGAGGAGCUGGCAGCAGGAGCACGAUUUCUCAAGAUUGCCAUCAUUGCGGCCCUGUUUGGUUUUACACCGCUGUUGAUCAGCCCGCCGUUGACCUUUGCUUUUGCUCAAAAAACCCUGGACGCAUCGACGAUGUUUACAAGUCUCUCUUACCUCUUGCUCUUGACCAACCCGCUGUCUCAGGUCUUCCAAUCUGUGCCCCAGCUGCUCGCUGGGCUGGCUUGUUUGGGCCGCAUCCAGGCCUUCCUGGAGUGCGACGAUCGCCAUGACUUUCGCCAAGCUCUUGCCGAUAUGAGACUGAACUCCGAGAAGUCUGCAGCGGACUCCGCAGCUGCUUCUGGCUCAGACUCCGACUCGGCGCACCCAAUCGUCAUCAACAACGGCAGCUUUGGCUGGGAGGCUGACAAGUUCACCUUGCGGCGCAUCAACACCGAGGUACCGAAAUCCUCACUCACGAUUGUCAUCGGCCCGGUUGGGUCAGGAAAAUCCACACUUUGCAAGGCGCUCCUUGGUGAGAUCCCUUUCAGCCAAGGAAGCGUGACCUUGAGCACCAGGUUUCCACACGUCGGGUUCUGCGAUCAAACAGCAUUCUUAUCGAAUGCAUCGAUCAGAGACAAUAUCAUCGGGUUCUCUCCAUUUGACAACGACAGAUACGCCGAAGUCAUCGAGGCCACAGCAUUGGCCUUUGACCUUGCCACACUCCCUCAGGGUGACAGGACAAACGUCGGGUCUGAUGGAAUUACCCUGUCCGGUGGGCAGAAACAACGCGUGUCUCUGGCACGGGCUCUCUACUUGCAGUCGGACCUGUUGGUCUUAGAUGAUGUCUUCAGCGGCCUGGAUGCCGACACCGAAGAGCGAGUAUUCCGUCAAACCUUUGGGGCAGACGGGCUGCUCAGCAGACGCAAAUCUACUGUCGUGUUAUGCACCCACAGUAUCAGGCACCUAGCCGCGUCGGACCAUAUCAUAGCACUCGGAAACGGCACCAUCGUCGAACAAGGUAGCUUCGAGGAUCUGAUGCGCGGUCAAGGGUACGUCCAGCGUCUGGGGCUAAAGAGCGCCUCGGACAGCGAUGCUUCGUCUCAGGAGCCGGACUCGAAGGCAUCCCUUGGCGAGUCAGAGUCACCACUACUUCAGAUGUCGGUGACCAAGACAUCCAUAGGGGAGCGGGAUACGGAUGAAUCGCGACGAGCGGGCGACAAGACGGUGUACAAGCAUUAUUUCAAGAGCAUGGGCAUCUUUCUGGCAGCUUUCAGCCUGUUUUUCGCUGCUUUGUGGGGCUUCUUCACGAACUUCCCGACCAUCUGGCUCAAGUACUGGUCUGAUGAUGUCUACUCGGAUCACCCAGCCCACUCUUACGCCUACUAUGCUGGGAUAUACGGUCUACUCCAAGUCUGCGCCAUGAUAUCGCUGCUUCUGCUUGGCAUCGCGCUCGACAUUGUUUCCGUGAAGAGAGCAGGUGCCAAUCUCCACCAGACUGCUUUGCGGACGCUCAUCCAAGCACCGUUAGGCUUUUUCACGAAAACGGACACCGGAAUAGUCACAAACCUCUUUUCACAAGACUUGAAUCUUGUAGAUACAGAGUUGCCCAACGCGCUGCUGAACACGCUGUUUUGUGUCUUCCAAGCAAUCGGACAGGCAGCAGUCAUGCUUACCUCUUCUGGGUUCUUUGCAAUAAGCUACCCAUUCCUCGCUGUCUUGCUAUAUGUUGUGCAAAGAUUCUAUUUGAGAACCUCUAGACAGAUGAGAUUACUAGAUCUUGAGGCAAAGAGUCCCCUAUAUACGCAUUUUCUCGACACACUCAAAGGCAUUACCACGUUACGAGCCUUUGGUUUUAUUCAAGACGACAUGCAGAAAAAUGUUCACUUGAUCAAUACAAGUCAACGGCCGGCAUAUCUCCUCCUUAUGAUUCAAUCUUGGCUGAACCUUGUUCUUGACCUCGUGGUUAUGGUGAUGGCAGCGGUUCUGACGACCCUCGCUGUUCGGCUUCACUCAAACUCUGGGUUCGCCGGUGCUUCCCUGGUCUCCCUCAUGAGUUUUGGUGAGAAUCUCUCUGGCAUCGUCAUAUUUUAUACUCAACUAGAGACGUCUAUUGGAGCCAUUGCCAGACUCAAGACAUUCAGCGACGAUGUUAAGCCCGAGGACAGAGGGGAAGAGGACAUCAUCCCUCCUGAGCAGUGGCCUCUGACGGGUGAGGUGGAGCUGAGGGGGGUGUCUGCCGCCUAUGAUGUGGAAGACCAGGCCGAUGGGAAACCCAACUUAGCCCUCCGCGAUGUUCACCUGAAAAUCAGCUCGAGCGAAAAGGUGGCCAUAUGUGGUCGUACAGGCAGCGGCAAGUCCAGCCUGAUCGCAUUGCUGCUCAAGCUCCUCGAUCCAACCCCAGAAACAGAUGCGGCCUUGGUGAUCGACGGCACGCCGCUUCGAUGCGUGAAUCGGUCCGCGUUACGCCAACGCAUAAUCGCAGUUCCCCAGGAAGCUGUGUUCCUUCCCGAUGGCUCGACCUUUCGGGCCAACCUGGAUCCGUCUGAAAUUUCCUCGGCCGAGGAAUGCCAGGUCGUGCUCGCAGCGGUGGACCUGUGGGAGUUUGUCCAGGGCCGGGGCGGACUAGACACAGGCAUGAGCGCGAGCACUCUCAGCGCCGGGCAGCGACAGCUGAUGUCGCUAGGACGUGCACUACUAAGACGUCGAACAAGAGCGAGGAACCUGGGCAUGGGCGGCGGUGGCUCCGAGGGUGGUCUAUUACUGCUGGAUGAGGUCAGCUCCAGCGUGGACCAUGAGACUGAACGUCUCAUGCAGGACAUCAUCAAGAAGGAGUUCAAGGAUUACACGAUUAUCGCAGUCAGCCAUAGACUAGAUAUGAUUAUGGAUUUCGAUAGGGUUGUUGUCAUGGAUACUGGGGAGGUCGUGGAGGUUGGCAAUCCCAUGGAACUGGCUGGAGAGACGGAGUCCAGGUUCGGCGACUUGGUGAGGGCUGGGGCUAAGUAG